AUGGGCCCGAUCGGUCGUGCGCAUGUUGCCGUUGCCCAUAACCUUGCCGAUUUCAUCAGAGGAAAAGCAGAGCCUCUGGAGCUACUCACCCAGACGGGGAUUCUCAGAGAAUAUUAUGCUGGGUUGCACAAAUUUCGACACGCAAAGCACAUAGUAAGCUUUGUGGAUCUUCUAGCUCACCAAAACCCCGGCAUGGACAUCUUGGAAGUCGGUGGCGGAACUGGUUCUGGAACUUGCAAUAUCGUGAACGCCUUGGCUUCGCGCGGAGAUCGCUCUGGAGGGCCUCUUCGAUGCCAUCGAUAUGAUUUUACAGAUAUUUCAGCAAGCUUUGUGCGUCAGGCAAAGGACUAUUGCUGCCAAUUUGCAUCGCAGAUGACAUUCGGGAUGCUUGACAUCGAGCGGGACUUUGAAGAACAAUACUACCACACCACACGAUACGAUCUUGUCAUAGCAGUCAGUGUGCUCCAUGUUGCCUCGGACUUGCCUGCAACGCUGCGCCGCAUACGAAGAUGCAUGAAGUCCGGUGGCAAGCUCGUCAUGCAGGAAGCUUUCGACGAAACUGGCUGGCUUCCAGGCCACAUCUUUGGGCUUUUCCCUGGAUGGUGGCCGAAUGGGGAUAAGGAACGUCUUUCUCCAAACUUGAUGCCUGACUCUUGGGACAUUCUUCUAAGAAGCAACGGAUUUUCUGGGGUUGAAAUUGUAAGAGAUUCUGAGACAGGAGCAGACUCAGCAUACCAUUUUGGGUGGCUGGUAUCAACAGCGAACGACGAGCCAUCACUGGUGAGACAGCCCGACCAACUCACCACAAGAGUACGCCUCGUCAUUAUGGGGGAUUCUAUGGACCAAACGACGGUCUCGGAUAAGCUCCAAUGUUAUCUGAAGGAUGAGGCCGCCAUGGCCGCGACUACAGUUCACCUAGAGAAUGCGUCCGAUUUGGCUCAUGACGACACGGACACGCUCAACAUUCUUCUGGUGGACUAUGAUCAGUCAUUUCUAGAGUCUUUGAAUUACAGGAAAUGGAAGCUACUUCAGUUACUAGUGAGCAACUCAAGGAAAUUACUCUGGGUCACUGCUGGGGGCGGGCGACAGGGGGCUCCAGAGCACGGGAUGCUUGACGGUCUAGCUCGCACUCUUCGGCUUGAAAAUUAUGGCCUUCAAUUGAUUACAAUUGCUCUAGAAGGUUCCGAAUUUAGCCCCAGGAAGGGCCAGUAUCUGGCAAAGAUAAUUCAGGAAAUGGGCUGCAGGGCUCGCUAUGAGAACUAUGAGCAGGAAUACGUUGAGAUCGAUGGUUUCCUGCACACGCGACGACUCGUUCCGGACACUUAUCUUCAAUCAUUACUAGAACAGGGAUAUGCGCCACAAAUGACUCCCAUUCGGCUUGAUAGCGAUGUGCCGCUGUUAUUAUCGAAGCCAUCGCCAGGUGCAGACUAUUCUCCCUACUUUGUAAGGAGAUCGCUGAUAUCGAAGGAGCUUCGUUCGAAUCGUUUUCAAAGCCACUCAAUUUCAAGUGCAGACGCUUGCUACCUCAUUCCGCAAAUAGCUGUCGCAUAUAAUGCGCUCAUUGAGGUAGGGCGUGUAUGCCUAGAUGAUCACAUUCUUAUUCAAGGCGGUAAUACACUAGUUGGACGGGCUGCUAUGAAAUUGCUUGCAGCGCAUCACAUAAAAAACUUUUGGAUGGUAGUAUCAGAUGAAGACGAGUACAACUGGGCCAUGCGGAACUUCCCAAUUUCGCAACAUCGCAUCAUCCUAAGGACAUGGUUUGAGUGCAAGCCUGUGCUGGUAGAGACCCUCAAGUUCGAUGUUGUAUUUGCCGCUGGUGAAUUUUUGAACUCAGGGCCCUACGUUCAUCACUCAUUCCGUGGAGCACGCUAUAUUGCGGUUCAUGACCCUGUGUCAAUGGACAGGCAUAAAAAGAAAAGCCCUGUUCCGACGCCCCCGCCAGGUAUGACUGCUGUCAUCAUCAAUCCAGUCGAGGUACUACUAUCUCCAGAAAGUAUAGCCUACGCGUGCCGUGAGGACAUGGCACAAAAAGAUGUAAUCCUAAGAUUUGACGGUGCAGAGAUUGUAGAUGCUGCUAGCGAGCCUACAAUGGCUCACAAACUCGAUCCUGAGGCCUCAUACCUUAUUUCUGGUGGAUUCGGUGGCCUUGGCCGAGAGACAGCUCGAUGGAUGUUCAAGCGUGGAGCUCGAUAUCUCAUCCUGCUGUCACGGUCUGGUCCGCAAGGCCUAGAAUCUGCUAAACUAAUAGCAGAUCUACGUAAUGAAGGCGUUCAUGUCGAAACGCCAGAAUGUGAUAUUAGUGAUCGCAGGGCAUUAAGAACAGCACUAAACCAUUGCUCUAAGGGAAUGCCGCAAAUCAAGGGUUGUAUACAAGCGUCUAUGGUGAUGAAGGAAUCUCUAUUCGAAGAGUUGAAAUACGAAGAUUGGCAAGCUGUCACCAACCCAAAAGUGAAAGGGUCCUGGAAUUUACAUUUGGAACUCCCGCGAGGUCUCGACUUUUUGGUCCUCUUGUCUUCAGUGAUGGGAAUUCUCGGCACGGGAAUGCUCUCGAGCUAUAACGCCGCGAAUACAUAUCAGGAUGCCCCCGCCCGUUUUCGAGUUGCCCAAGCUGGCGCCUAUCCAUUUUCCGAUUUCUGCGACAUCUUGGACUAUUUCUGUGAUCCGAAAGCGGAGUUGUCGAACAGUGUAACUUCUUGCCAAACUAUUUGUGGUGUGGCCCGACCAGAGCAUUGGAGCCGGGAAGACGCUGAGCAAUUUACUGUCGGCCAGCCUUUCUGGGGCCAUGUCCGCCAUGCAACGAGUUGGGCAUCCGAAGAUGUUGAAAACGAAGAUAGUCAUACCACUGACACUCGUUCGAAGAAACAGACUCAACGCGACAUCAUUGAUCGGCUCGAAGCUGCGAACUCGCCCACCGAAGCUGUUCACGUUGCGACCAAGUCACUUGCUGAGUACAUGAGUCAUCUACUCGGAGUUCCUGAAGAGUCAGUCGACCCGCUCAGAACUAUAGAAUCAUAUGGCGUAGACUCAUUAUCGAUUAUUAACAUUCGCAAUUGGAUAAGUAAGAUCUUCAGCGUCGAUGUAUCUGUAUUCGAACUAUUACGUACCAUUGAAAGGGCUGCAGCAAUGAUUUCUGAGAGAUACACGCUACGGGCGAAAUCUAAUGAUGUUUCGGCGGGCAUGUAG